AUGGCCAUCUCAGCCGGGCGCGUGUCUUUGCUCUUGCAUGCAGCAGGGCUGAUCUUUGUCUACUCUUCAUAUGGGGUACUCCAGGUGGGUGCUGUUUUCAAGAUGUAUCUGGCUAAUCCGAAGCGCCCAGCCGCCGAGGCUGUCACGCGUCGGCGCUUGCGUCAGGAGCUUCGCUUGGGCAUGGGUCUCUCAGGCUAGAGAAGCUUGGAUCUGGCUUAAUACCGGAGUGCUUGGGCUGACACUCUACCCCAAUCUUGUCUAUUCUCGCCCAACAGGAAAAGAUCAUGAAAUCGACUUACGGUGAGCCCAUCUCUGGCUGCUGCGCGGCCGCUCUGCCUAGCGUAUUCUCCUUGUUCUGACAAUCGUCGUUCCAUGCUUCCCGGUCCCUCGAACGAUGCGUAGGCCCGAACGGAGAACGCUUCACUUCUUCCUCGCUGCUCAUUGUCGCCAACCGUGUCAUCAGCGUUUCGGUCGGUCUGAGUAUCCUCUUCUUCAAAUCUCGCCAAACACCCGAGGCCGGCAGCUUUUCCGCUCGACUACGGCCAGCUUCAUCGAUGGUCGCCUACACCAGUGUGGCCGUUUUCAACUUCCUUAGCACAACCUCCCAGUACGAGGCGUUGAAGUAUGUCUCGUACACGACCCAGUCGCUUGCCAAGACGAGUAAGAUGAUCCCUGUACUCGUCGUCGGUGCCGUCGUCUGGAAGAAGCAACACAAGCGCAGGGAGUGGGUCGCCGGCGCUGUCAUCUUGAUGGGGUACGUCUCGGCCACUCUAUUCUGUUACUCCCUUCAAUUUUCAAAUUCUGCAUUCGGUGGCACUGACCUUGCGCCUUGGCCCACCUUGCUGCGUGCGCAGCUGCGCGACGUAUCUUUUCUCGCAGCCGCCAAACCCCAAGCACCUCUCGACCUCGACUGACCAGCAUUCGGCGUGGAACGGUUUUAUUGGGGCACUCUUCUUGACUGCGUACCUGUUCUUCGACGGAAUGGUCUCUACGACGCAAGAGAAAGUGUUCGGUCGCAACCCCUCCUCUGAUCCUUUCGGGGCCGAGUCCCCCGUGCUCGACCAGAUGGUGAGCUCGGACCCCUCCGCGCGGAAGAGAAGUUUGACCGUCGUCGCUGACUGUGCCUUCGCUUGCUCCAAGAUCUGGACCAAUGUCUUUGCUGGCGGUAUUGCCCUUCUUGUGGCUCUCUUGUCGAGCACCACCGGCUCCCUACUGCCCAACUUGGUAUUGCUCAUGACGAGCCCUGCGCUCGUUUGGGACAUCCUCACCUUUUCCGCCGCGAGUGCGAUCGGAUUGAUCAUUCUUCUCAACACCAUAGCUUCCUUCGUAAGUCCGCCGCACGACACGACACUAGUCCCGUUGAAUGACUGUACCAUAAGUGUUUUCGACUGUGCUGACGCGCGAUUGAAUUGUACUUGUAGGGCGCUUUGACGAGCUCGUUGAUCAUGACGAUCCGCCAAUUUUUGUCAAUCCUCAUCAACGCCGGCUUGUUCGGCAACUUUGGCGCCGUCAGCAUCGAGGGAUGGUGCGGUGUCGGCUGGGUCGCGAGCGGUAUCUGGAUCAAAAUCAACAAGUCCUUCGACCCGCCCAAGCAAGAAAAGGCUUUGCCCAAAGUUGUCGUCUUCUCCGAGGACUCUGACGAAGAAUCGGACAACCUCAUCCACGAGAAGGAGGCCCUCAAGGACGAUGUUGAAGAACCUCUUCACAACUUCCAGAAGAAGUCGCCGUCACUCAUCAAGAUCUGUGAGUUGCACUCGACGCUUUUACCCUUAAAGCAAUUUCAACUGGGACUGACGCACCUACUGGGGACUGGAUCACCCUCGAAGUCACUUUGCAAUACCUCAUCCCCGUACUCGUCCCUCUCGCCCUUGCCAUCGUCAUCGCUCCCUUUGCCCUCUCGAGCGGAAGCUUGCAAUCGAGUGGUGCGCUUUCGAAGACGCAGGAAUGGCCGACGAAAUGGGUUGAGCAUGCGCCUACGUGGCUCAAGGGCUCCACCGCCCAAGACAGCACCGCCAGCUCGGCCACGGAUAAGUAUGAUCCCAGCGCCGCCGAGUCCUUUGCCGAAGCCGAGGCCGAGGCUCAGAUCGAGCAGGAGGAAGCCCAGUCGACCGAUUCUGAAGCCGACGGAGCUUACCUUCCCAGCCAAGAGACCACCGACUUGGUCGACGACACCGCGGCUGACGACUCGCCGGACGCUUCGGCCCCCGCGGAGGAAGUAGCGGACAACACUGAAAACGCGCACGAGGAAGAGAUGCUUGCUGAGGUGAAUGCAGCCGAGUCGGCCGAAAUGAUCGAGCUGCAAGGGGGUCGAUGGGCGCAUCAGCUCCACGACGCUGUCAAGCCCAAGUGCGGGCACAUCGACACGAUCCCGUACUCGACGCAGACGCGCACAGGCUUCGUCUCGUUCCCUCGCUCGGGUAACUCGUUCAUGAGGUCGCUAGUGGAGAGGGCCACGGGCUACCAGACGUCGUCGGUGUGUAAGUUGCGACUCUCCGGCGCCGUCGGCCGGUAUCUUUUGCUACGGAAUGCUGAUUUCUACGUGAGCGUCCUUUACACUUUCUCCAUCGACAGACUGCGAUCAAAAGCUCAGUCAAACGUUCACGGGCGAAUGCGACCACAACACCAACUUCUUUGUCAAGGUGAGGCUGGCGGAAGACCCCCUUGUAUGCGGAUCUCUGUGCUUGUCGCUCAACACUUCUCUCCUCCCUCUCGUUGCGACACACAGACUCAUUUCCCUGCUCUUCCCAAGGGGGCCAUCCAAAAUAAUCUGGACUAUUUCAAGACCUUCGAUCAGACGUUCUUGCUCGGUACGUCAAUUUAUUACAAUGCCCGAUCGUUUCGGAACUCAACAACUGAUGAAUAUAUCUGCCCGUGGUGCUACCUCAGUUCGCAACCCUAUCGACGCCAUGGCAUCGUGGUGGCAGCUCCAGCAAAGUGGGCGCACCCCCGAAGGCUACCUGCAACACAACGCAAAGACCGCGAUCGAAGGAGGCAAGUUCGGCGAGUUACAUCGCAAACGCCUGCUCGACAUGGCACAGCGAUGGGCCGACCACUCCAUGUAUUGGCUCGAUGUGCCCAUCUUGACGCACACCAUGCGUUACGAGGACCUCAAAGCCUCGCCGAUCCCCCACAUGAUGGGCUUGCUCGCGUUCCUGCUGCCGGAAGAAGACCUUCCCUCACUCGAGAGUUUGGCGUGCAUGGUCGAGCACGACGAAUCCCACGAAGCGUAAGUCCUUUGCCGUUCCUGGGGUCCUCACCUGACCGCCACACCGGUACUGAGCCGCAGCCGUCUUGCCCCAUGUGUUUCAGGUACCACUCUCGACGUGCGAGCGAAUUUGCUGCGUGGGACAUGUUCGAGCCCGAACUCCGAAUGGAUAUCCUCCUCACGGUCAAGAGGCCCUUCUGCAUGUUUGGCUACGAAAAGGUUCUGGAGCGAGCUAAGGGGGCACUCCCGGAGAUGGCGGGUUUCUGUGCGGACAUUGUGGUUGACCGCGCAAGCCAGCAGAGCAAGCGAACCUCGCUCCGGAGCCGAAGGGCGAGGAGUUGA